AUGCAACUGCUCAUCCUCCUGCUGCUCUACGCCGUCGUGUGCGCCAACGUCUGCAGCCGCCAGGGCACCACGGCCCCUGCCCAGGGCGGGUCUAUAAGAGCCCUGCGCUCCUCCAACCUCCGGCGCGAUGAGAGCAAUCACCUCACAGACUUGUACCGGAAAGAAGAGAUCAUCAGCGUGGCAGGAAACGGCUGCCUCCACAGCCCGCGCUUCCCAAGCAGCUACCCCCGAAACCUGCUGCUCACCUGGCGGCUGCACUCGCCCGAGAGCACGCGCAUCCAGCUGGCCUUCGACAACCAGUUCGGACUGGAGGAGCCCGAGAAUGAUAUCUGCCGGUAUGACUUUGUGGAAGUAGAAGACAUAUCGGAGACCAGCACAGUUAUACGAGGACGAUGGUGUGGACACAAGGAAGCACCUCCAAGAAUAACCUCGAAAACAAAUCAAAUAAAGAUUACCUUCAAAUCCGAUGACUAUUUUGUGGCUAAACCUGGAUUCAAGAUUUGUUAUUCCCUUGUGGAUGAUUUCCAGCACGCAGCCUCAGAAACCAACUGGGAGUCAGUCACAAGCUCUGUCUCAGGGGUCUCCUAUCCCUCUCCAUCAGUGACUGACCCUACUCUCACGGCGGAAGCUCUGGAUCAGACCAUUGCGGCGUUUGACACAGUGGAGGAUCUACUCAAACACUUCAACCCAGACUCCUGGCAAGAAGAUCUCGAGAACUUGUACACAGACAGUGGCCACCAUUACCGAGGCAGGAGCUACCACGACAGGAAGUCCAAAGUUGACCUGGACAGGUUGAAUGAUGAUGUGAAACGUUAUAGCUGCACCCCAAGAAACUACUCUGUCAAUUUAAGGGAGGAACUGAAGCUGACAAAUGUAGUUUUCUUCCCCCGCUGCCUCCUUGUCCAGCGCUGUGGAGGAAAUUGUGGCUGUGGGACUUCGAAUUGGAAAUCCUGCACAUGCAUGUCAGGGAAAACAGUGAAAAAAUAUCACGAGGUGCUGAAAUUCAUCCCGGAGCCUGGGCAUUCCCGAAGGAAAGGCAGAACCAGGAACAACAUGGCCUUAGUAGAUAUACAGCUGGAUCACCAUGAGCGUUGUGAUUGUAUCUGCAGUUCAAGACCACCCCGAUAAAAAAAAGAGAAUCAACAAGACAUGCUAACUGCAGCUUACUGGACAUUUACUUUUAAGCAGGAUUGCUCUGAGGACCUCCACUCACUAAUCAUUUGAACUUUGCUACUAGCCUGCCUUUGCAAUUAGCAAAAAUGGUUGCUGUGUUUCAGCAUAGCUGUGCUGGUUAGUGCCAUGACAGCUAAACAGAUAUAUUAUCGAAUUAUGUAUCAGCAUCCACAAAUAUAGGAUUAUGUUUAGCUAUCGCUAGAGGGUUGAGAUUUUCAAAGCUCAGUUUUUGGCCUUACCUCAGAGUGUCUAAUGAAGUUAAAAGCUGUGUAGCUAAUUGUGGUAGCUGUCAAUGAAAUAACAUCAUGUUUCUGCGUAUCUUUCAUUCUACAGGUCCCUAUACUCAAAUUCUGCUGUCUUUUUUACCUGCCACUAAUUGUCAGUAGAAUUUUGUGGAUAUAAGUGAAGACAGAAUUUGAUCCCAUAAUUUCCAUAAUCCAUAAUCCCAUACAUUGCUUAAUCCAGCUCCCAGAAGGAACUUUCCAGUGAGGAAAGGAACUUCCAAUACAGUGAGAUAUAAUGAGGAAAAUGUGGAACUUAUAUGAAACAGAACAUCAGUAAAAUUGAAACUCACUGUUUGUGCUCAGACAAAUCAAAUGUUGAAAUCCAUCGGUGCUUUGCCUAAGUGAGGGCACUGGUGGUGACAGGGAGGUGCAGGGGACAGUUCUUCUGCAUUGAUGCUCUGACACCACAGGAACCGCCAUCCAGGUUCUUCAAGAAUGGUAACAGGAGGGCUCCCAGCAAGACCCCAGAUAAACCCACGUGUGCUGGGACUUACUCUGGUCACCUUAUUCCUGGACUGGACUUCGACUACUUGCCUGCAGUUGAUCACAGUUUCCCGGGAUGAACCCCCUCGAUACGAAAAGCAAGAGACAGCCCUCACAUGUAGUUCCAGGAGUACUAUGUUUUCCCAAGCAGGCAAUGGAGAUAGGGCACUUGGUUGUUGAAAAUAUUAAUUUUGCAGUUGCAUUACUGGGAAACUAAAUUGUGCUUGAGACUUAAUUAUCAUUAUUUGGUUGGGGGGGUUGUUUGUUUAUUUUUUUCAAGUAAGAAAUAUUAUAACUUCAUCAUAUAUCCAUUAAUCUUAGUUAUCUGAGUUUAGUUGUCUGAUUUCAGCUAUGUGUUAAACUGUUGACAAUGAAUUUCUUUUUGAUUGCAUUUUGCU